CUCAAGAAGCUAAAAAUUCUCGACUGUAACUAGGCCGUAGUUCUAUAAUUACCCAGCUAAACAAAAGGUAGAAGAGCAUUCAAACACGGAACCAGAGACUAAUGAAGUCUGCGCACAAGUCUUCCUAACAAUGUCCCACCACAUUCUGUGAAAUCCAUUGUUACACAAACCAGUCAAGCAUGAAAGUCUUCUCCGUCCUUCCGGCGGCUAAACAUCAGUCUCCCUGAGAAGUUUCCUCCAUCUUCCCAGGAAGUUUACAACGAAAGACCCAUCAUGGGGGGACUCCAAGCAGCCAGCAUAUAUGUGUACAUUUGGCACAAGUGAGCCACAGGAAUCCCAUGGCUGGGAAUCACCCGAACGAGACCUCGCCUUACUGGAGCUUCUCAUCAUCAAUGGAGUCCGCCAUGGAUACGUUUGAGUGCUCCGAUUUCCUCGAGUUAGAUGACUGGUGUGAGGUAGAGCCCCUCUCUCAGAUGAUCACCGACCAUCCUCACCCGAGUCUCCUUCAAGCGAUGAACGAGGGUUCUCCUUCUGAGGGGGGAGUUAGCACCUCCCAGGACGGGCCUAGGAAUGGUAAGAAAGAUGAACUCAUCCACCACUCUCGAGUAGAAGUUCAACCUGAUAGGAGUAGCCAAAGUUCGGACUUAACUGCAUGUCCAUGUAAAAUGUUGGGACUCGCUCGUAAUAUAAAAUGGUGACUCGUUCGAAUGUACCAAUCUAUGAGUGUGAGGUUAACGGGAUGGGGGACCAAUGAAAUUAAGAGGCUUUGAUAUUAAAACUUAUGAUUGCGUCAUGAAAAUCCAUAAGAGUAGUCCAAGGUCUUACAAAAAAUUGUGUCCUCAUAUUCAUAUUAUAGGAGAAACUCUUUAUGUUCAUCCAACUUUUUCUCUCUCUGCAUCUUGGUUUUAGAUGGUGGAAACAACAUGGGAGGCAUAGAAAAGUUUGUAUUCAAAACAAAGUCAGAUGUUGAAGUACUUGAUGAUGGCUACAAGUGGAGGAAAUAUGGCAAGAAGAUGGUGAGGAGCAGUCCCAAUCCAAGGAAUUACUACAAGUGCUCUGCAAUUGGAUGUCAUGUGAAGAAGAGAAUUGAAAGGGCGAAAGAAGAUAAACGUUAUGUCAUAACAACCUACGAGGGUACCCAUAACCAUGAAGGUCACCCGUCUUCAUCACAACCACGGAGAAACUCGCUGAUGCCACGUUCCCAUCCACAGUGAUAAAAAUCACAUUAAAAAUUGCCAUUCUUUUCCCUCUAAAUAAAACUUUCCGCAGUUUUUGGCAUUGUUGUAAUGAAACUGGAUGGGAACUCGGCAUUAUUCGGAGAGAAAAUGAUCACUAGUCAGUAAGGUCAAACCAGAAACAACCUAUAGCAUAUAGUACCUAACCAAAAGUUCUUUACUACUAAAGUCAGUUGAUAUAGAUGACUGCUAUUAGUUGAUGAGAUUUGUAUUGGACACUAAGACCUUCCAGUCAUCAACAUUGAUUCAAGAAAUAUCAGAACAUAGAAAAUCAUACUACGUACAAGUUUGGGCUAAACAAUCAUGGAAGUUCAAUGAAGGCGUCCAAAAAUAAUUGACAGUUGAUUUCCAUGCCGUCAGAAAGAGACCUACAGCACUCUAACAAUCCUCCUGGAUAUCUGCCAGACUGCCACUUUACUUUAUUGGGUGUUACUCUUCUGGUGUGGUGCCUAUGCGAUUGUUGUUGUUGUCGUCAUUAUUAUUAUAUUGGUUUAUUGUUUAUUAAUUUUUUUACAGAUAAUGAUAUUGGUUUAUUGUAAUUAAUAUUAGUAUUAUUAUUUUAUUAUUAUUAGUUUCCUAUAUGUAUGAGAAUUAUAAUUUUGUUACCAUUCCUAAUAGAAAUAUUGUAAUAUGUUAAGGGUUACUCUAAUAAUGGGCUGCCAAGACUUUUCGGACUAGUAUAAAUAGAGGUGCUUCAUCU